CGGGAAAGGGCUGCGGACCCGCGGCGCCGCGUCGCGCACUCGACGACGCGGCCCCGGACUCGACGCCCUCCACCCGCUCCCGGAGCAGUAAGAAGACAUGUUAGGUAACAGGAAGAGCUGUAGAGUUUGCAGAUAUCAACUGUGGCCUUAAAAAGCAUGUUGGUAGCAUCAAAGCCAGGCAGAUGGCACAUGUGGCUGGUGGCUGCCAUAUUGACAGUGCCGUUCUGGAAGAUGGAGAGAACUAUGACACAAUAAGUUUAAUUAAAAGGUCCUAUUACUGCUGGAUUGUGCAAGAUAUUUAACCGUGUUUUCUUUGAGGUAUGACUUAAAUAUCAAACAUCUUAAAUAAGAAAAGGGAAACAUUUUAGUUUUGGAAGUCAGAAUGCCAAGGAGAAGGAAAAAUCUUGGGGGAAAUCCUUUUCGGAAGACCGCAAGCUCUAAGGAAGUUGUCGUAUCCAGUGUUGCUAGUCAUGAGGAGCCAACCACUACUCUUCCUUCCAUGUGUGAGACAAAAGUUGAUCAGGAAGAACUCUUCACCAGUAUCUCAGAGAUGUUUUCUGAUCUGGAUCCCGAUGUAGUGUAUUUGAUGCUUUCUGAAUGUGAUUUCAAAGUUGAAAAUGCAAUGGAUUGUCUAUUAGAAUUAUCUGCCUCUGAUGCCAAGGUAGAAGAAUCAUCUUCAAAAAGCUUCAUUGCUUCUGAGAGCCAAGUAAGUGCUGUGGGACGUGAAAUAAUGGAAAAGUAUCCUCCUGAAGAAGAGACUGAAGAUUCAAAAAUGGAUUCAUUUUUGGACAUGCAGCUAACCGAAGACUUGGAUUCCUUAAUACAGAAUGCUUUUGAGAAAUUGAACUCUUCUGAUGACCAAGUAUACUCAUUUUUGCCUUUGCAAAAUGUUAACAGUUUUAGUGACCCGAGUGCAUUUGUAAAUUCAGAUGCAAGUAGCAUGACUCCCAUUCUUUCUACAGAAAAUGUGGAUUUGAACAGUGAAAAUGUAGAGAAUUCUGCCUCUGCAUUAAAUUCAAACACCGUAACUUCACAUUCUGUUUCAGAUGAGUCCAAAAGUUGUAUAAAGGAUGACACAUUGGCAUUGGAAGAUUCUCUUCUCAGUGGUUCUUUAAAUGUAGCAAGUGACAGUAUGGUGGGUGGUAGCAAUCGUGGUCAAAGACCUAAAGAGCUUUUAGAAACUGAGUAUGUUGAGACUCCGUUCUCUCAAGCCCCUGUAGAUUUGGAUGACAGUGAACCUCAGGCUUUAAGCCUUACUGUGCAAAAUCUGGGGCUUGAUUUACUAGGUACAGGUGGGGAUCAGAAAUCUGCUUCUGUCCCUGAUAUGUUCGUACCUUCCGAAGAGUUCAAUUUCAAACCGCACAAACAUACUGAACUGCCGUCAAAGGGGAAAGAUGUGAAUUACUGCCCAGUACUUACCCCUCUCCCCCUACUGCUGCCUCCUCCUCCACCUCCACCAAUGUGGAAUCCAAUGAUUCCUGCUUUUGACCUCUUUCAAGGAAAUCAUGGCUUUGUAGCUCCUGUCGUAACCACCGCUACACACUGGAGACCUGUCAACUACACUUUUCCCCCUCCGGUUAUUUCUCACACUUCCCCGACAAAGGUAUGGAGAAAUAAAGAGGGAGCAAGUGCUUAUCAAGUACAAGAAACCCCAGUUUCUCAGGUUGUAAGAAAGAAGACAUCAUCUUAUGUUGGACUAGUUCUUGUUCUUCUCAGAGGGCUUCCAGGAUCAGGAAAAUCUUUUUUGGCAAGGACUUUGCAAGAGGAUAAUCCUAGUGGAAUCAUUCUUAGUACUGAUGAUUAUUUUUACAUAAAUGGACAGUACCAGUUUGAUGUAAAGUACUUAGGAGAAGCACAUGAAUGGAACCAGAAUCGUGCAAAAGAAGCAUUUGAGAAGAAGGUGUCUCCUAUAAUAAUAGACAAUACAAACCUACAGGCAUGGGAAAUGAAGCCAUAUGUUUCUUUGUCUCAAAAACAUAAAUAUAAAGUUCUUUUCCGGGAACCGGACACAUGGUGGAAGUUCAAACCAAAGGAACUUGCAAGGCGUAAUAUUCAUGGGGUAAGCAAAGAAAAAAUAACAAGAAUGUUGGAACACUAUCAGCGUUUUGUUUCAGUGCCAAUAAUCAUGAGUUCUUCAGUUCCAGAGAAAAUUGAACGUAUUGAGUUGUGUGCAUAUUCUUGUGAGGACAGAAGUACUAGCCCAAGAGACAAUGAAGAUAUUACCUCUGAAAAAGAAGAAAAUGUUUUAUCCUCAUCUUUGAAGCAUCUAGAGUUAACUGAAGUGAAGAAACUUGAAGGGACCAAAGAAACUAUAUUACCUGAGAAUGUUACAUAUCUGUCUAAUGCAGAUUUAAACAAAGGAAGAAGAGAAAUAAGUGGUAUGAAUCCUAACAUUCAGAGUGCUUUCAUUCAGGAAGUUUCAGACAUGUAUUUUUCUGAUUCUGAAAGCAAAGGACAAGCAACAGAAAAAAGUGAGAAAGAAGAGCAAGUAGAAAUGGCUUCUGAAAAAGAAUAUAGUAAAACUGAUGCUGAUAGUUUUGUAGAGAGAGUGUCACCAAGUAUUUGCUAUGGUGAAAAUAAUCAAGACUAUGAUCUUUCAAAUACUAUACCAUUUCAAAAUGAAAAAUCUUCACCUGGUGAAAUAUUGGAAGAAAGAGCCAUGGUAAAGAAAAAAGCCUUUGGAAAACCAAAAAGCAAAUCAACUUUGGAAAAGUUCCCAAGACAUGAGCUAUCAAAUUUUGUUGGUGAUUGGCCAGUUGAUAAGACUAUUGGUCAGAGGACAAAAAGGAACCGAAAAACUGAAAAAACUUCAUCUGUACAAAGUGACAAGAAGUAUAAUCGCCUUCAGACACGCAAAGUAUUAGAUAAUAGUCUAUCUGUGAAUAUUGAUCACAUCCAGCAGCGAGAAUCUCCACAUGAAAGUACAGAGGAGGACAAGAAAUCACAGUAUGAUGAUGCUUCAGAAUCUUUCAGUCACUCUCAGUUUGAUCUGUAUAAAAAUACUGAAAAACAGUCAUUCAGCAUUGUGGGUGACUGGCCUUCAUCUGAUUCUUUAGCUCAGAGAGAGCACAGAUCAAGAAUGCCAAAAGACAGCUUAAAGGAACCCAACCUAGAAUUUGGAACUAAUGACAGUUUGAAUGAAAUAGCCUUCUACACAGCACAUGAGGCCUGUUGGGGCACAAGCCCUGAAGAACUAAAAACACUGGGUAGUUCCAGUUCUACUCUAGGAAGUUCUGAAUCGCUAUCCAGUGAAAUGGCCUGUGAGAAUAAAACUUGUCCAAGUAAAAAGAUUCAUAGACAAAACACAUUGUCUCUUACUUUUACCAAUAGUGGGCCAACUAUUCCUGGAGUAGUAGGACCACAAACUUUAGCAGAAUUUCCAGACGGAAAACUUAAGAAAGUCCCUGGAAUAGAAGAAGGCAUGUGUACCCAGACUCAACCACAGGAUUUUGCUCUCUUAUGGAAAAUAGAAAAGAAUAAAAUUAGUGUUUCAGAUUCUGUGAGAGUAUUAACCGGACGAUUAGAUGGAUUUAAACCAAAAGCUUUCAAUAUUAACACAAAAUUAGACAUUCAAGAAACAAUUCCAUAUAGGGUAAUGUAUGAUAAAAGCACAUAUGUUGAAGAAAGUGAGCUCACCAGUGCUGAUGAAUCUGAAAAUCUUAACAUUCUUUGUAAACUCUUUGGGUCCUUUUCAUUAGAAGCCCUAAAAGACUUAUAUGAGAGGUGUAACAAAGAUAUUAUUUGGGCUACAAGCCUUUUGUUGGACUCUGAAACUAAAUUAUGUGAGGAUACUGAAUUUGAGAAUAUCCAAAAAUCAUACGACGAAGCGCAAAUUGGGCCGUUUUCUCUGGGAUUAAAUUUGAAGGAAAUUAUUAGCCAAAGAGGAACCUUGGAGGAUUCUAUUUCUUCUGUGCCAGAAUUUGGCCAUGGCACUGUUGUCAGUAACACUAAUGUGCAGUCUACCUGUGAUUCAGAAAAGGGACACUCAGAGCAGGCAGAAAUAAGAGCUAUCACUACUGAAAAACCAGGAUUCAUAACAGAUUUAUUUCCUAAUGCCACUACAGAUCUAAAGAAGAAUACUAAUGAAGUACUUCCUGGUAGUCAGGCAGAACUUCCAGGUUUAUAUAACAUUAAGCAGCCUUUUCCAGGGACUCUAAAAGCUACUACUGCUAAAGAUGUGAGGGACAUGGAGAAGAACCUAGAAGUCACAGAGAUUGGAGACAGUAUACAUUCUUCUUUGAAUUUGUCUGAUGUUUUAAACUCUGUAUCGAGCACUUCAAAUCUGGAGUUAAAUGAAGAAGUUGAUUUUACUGACUCUUUUGAAAUAAAGAAAAAUGAAAAUCUUCCUAAGACUUAUGUGAAAUUUCCAAACACUGAAGAAUUUAUGAAUGAAGAUGAACAGGAAAUGGAAAAAAUUCUAAUGGCUGAGAGUACUUUGUCAGCUGGAGUUAGUGAAGAAGAUAAAACUGAGAUGUUGAAUCCCAUGCCAAUGAUGGCCAAAUCUCUGACCAUAGACUGUUUGGAAUUGGCAUUACCUCCUGAGCUGGCUUUUCAGCUCAAUGAAUUAUUUGGCCCUGUUGGUAUUGAUUCAGGGUCUCUAACAGUUGAGGAUUGUGUGGUUCAUAUAGAUCUGAAUCUGGCUAAAGUGAUUCAUGAGAAAUGGAAAGAAUCUGUAAUGGAGCGACAAAGACAAGAAGAAGUAUCCUCUGGCAAGUUUACGCGAGAUCCUUCCCUGGUUGGGAGUAUUGGUCUUGAUAAUCCUGAACAAAAGUCAUCUCAGAGAACAGGCAAAAAAUUACUGAAGACUUUAGCAGCACCUGAAAUGCUACCCUUAUUGGAUCAUUGGAACACUCAAACUAAAAAAGUGUCACUCAGAGAAAUAAUGUCAGAAGAAAUUGCCUUACAGGAAAAACAUGAUUUGAAAAGGGAGGCACUUAUGUUUGAAAAAGAUUGUGCCACUAAACUAAAGGAGAAGCAGCUUUUUAAGAUAUUUCCAGCUAUUAACCAAAAUUUUCUGGUGGACAUUUUCAAGGACCACAACUAUUCAUUAGAACACACAGUCCAGUUUCUAAACUGCGUUCUUGAAGGAGACCCUGUGAAAACAGUUGUAGCGCAAGAGUUUGCUCAUCAAAAUGAGAAUGUCACUUCUCAUGCUACACAGAAAUCUAAGGAGAAAAAGACCAAGAAAUCGAAAGAGACUGAAGAUAUACCAAGUGAACCAUCUUUCCAGGAUUUUGAGUAUCCAGAGUAUAAUGACUACAGGGCAGAGGCUUUCCUUCAUCAACAGAAGAGAAUGGAAUGCUACAGCAAAGCAAAAGAAGCUUAUCGGAUGGGGAAAAAACACGUUGCCACGUUUUAUGCCCAGCAGGGUAGUCUCCAUGAGCAGAAGAUGAAAGAAGCCAAUCACCUUGCUGCCGUGGAGAUCUUUGAGAAAGUCAAUGCCUCCUUGCUGCCACAGAACGUUUUAGACCUCCAUGGGCUGCAUGUGGAUGAAGCUAUAGAACAUUUGAUGACAGUUUUACAGCAGAAAACUGAAGAAUUUAAGCAGAAUGGUGGUAAGUCCUAUCUCUCUGUGAUUACGGGGAGAGGAAACCACAGCCAAGGAGGAGUUGCUCGCAUCAAACCAGCCGUCAUUAAAUACCUCACAAGCCAUAGCUUCAGGUUCUCUGAAAUUAAACCAGGGUGCUUGAAAGUCAUGCUAAAGUAAAAUAAACGUCCUUGACUUAGAGGUGUGAAGGUUUGUAGGUUAGUUUUAUUUACAGUAAUUUAGUCAAUUUUACUGUACACAUGUAUUUUAUUAGAAAUGUCCAAUUAUAACAAAAACAUUAUAAUGAUGUUUUUCAGAAUUCAAGAGAAGUUUAAUUUUUUACUGAAUCAAAUGCCAAAUACGUUGUCUGUUAAAAAUACUGAAGAGAAUUUUUAUUGAUUAUAAAGUGUCCAAGAAAAUUAUCAGCUGUGGUUUUAAAGUUUGAAGUGCUCUGAUUCUUUUUCAGAGAGAAAAUGUUACCUUUGUGUUAAUUGUUGUUAACAUUUAGUAAAAUCCAAAAGGCAUCUUUGAGAGGCAUUUAAAGUGCUUUGAGACCUGGUUCAUGCCCAUCAAAGGCUUGUAUUAAAAGAAGGAGAAGUAGUGGUAGUAGUAAUGAAAGAAAGGAAAUGUAACAAAAGCACUUGAAUGCUUUUUGAUAUCAAAGCUAAAUACAAAAAAUCAUUUCAUUUUGCCAUAUCCUGCAGGAAGAAAGACAUGCUGUUUGUACUUUCUUCUGUUUUGUAUAUGAUCUUGAUCUCUUACCUUUUGUUCGUUUGUUCUGUAUGUGUGCAUUUUCUAGGAGGAAAGUUGGAGCCUGAGAUUAUAUUGCAGUUUUAUACCUUCUGUAGGCAGUAAAGUUUUUAGAGAAGGUGAAAUGGUUAGAUAUCUACAAGUAUCAGUGUCUUAAUAGAACUGCUUCUAGAGCUGUCUGUGUAAGUGGUAUUUAAGACAGUACUAAAGAGCUAUAUUUUAUAUUUGAGUCAUAUAAUUUCUAAACAGUAGUGGGUCAAGAGCCUAUUAACUUAAAUGUAGAAGACAUUUUUGAUAUAAUCUUUAAAGGAAUCCUUACAAUUUAAAAGUUUUUUACCUUUGUUUUUUAAAAAAGAGCCAACUUUCUGAAAGGAAACUUUCAUUGACUUUGUUUUGUGUGAGCUAAAAAGUCCUGUUAGUAUGUCAACUAUAAAAUGUAAAUUUCAUUUAUACACGUUUAAUGUGGUAAAGUGUAGUUUUUCAGUAUAAAACAAUGGCUUAAAUAAAUUUGUCUUUGGAUAUGGAGAAUAUUUCCAACAUAUGUAAUUUAACAAACAGUUGUGUUGGAUUUUGAUAAGCUUAAACAUCAUUUGGAUCAGGAAUUACAGGGUUGAGCUAUUACUGAAAGAAUCCUGAACUACAGAAUGGUUUCUCAAAAGAACAGACAUUUUAAUGAAAAUAAAACUCAAAAACACAUUUUUGCGUAUCAUGAAAGCAUGCUUUUAAAAGAAGACCUGUAUCAUUACAUUUAUUUCCACGAAAAUAAAAUGUUUAUUAUUUAGAAAUGAUUAGUGAGUGGUAUUGAAAUAUUUUCUCAUGGUUGUAAUAAUUUGUUUAAAAAAGAAAAAAUGCCACCAGUUUAGCAUAUGUUUUUUGUAAUGUCUAGAGGAGUUGUAUACAUUAAAAAUAAAGCAAUUCGUUUCAAGAACUUACUAUGAAACUACAACUGUUAAUGAAGUAAAAUGUUUUUAUGUAUAAAUUAAUAUGAUUUAAGAAAUGUGAAUAAUAGUACUAAAACCUGGGGUUACUUGAGGGUGUGCAGCUGCAUACUCAUUUUCCAUGAUUUUAUAUUUCCUCACCCAGUUUAAAAAAGCAUUGCUUUUGAGCACUUCAGCUAGAUUUAUUUCAGUAUUAUUGUAAUUAUGAUUAGUGUGGGAGCAGUCAAAAAGAACAAGGGAUGAAGUGUUUUGUGGGCAGAAACCAAAUGAAAGAAGCUAUGUUUUCUGCUGUAUCAACCUUAAUGUUAGGCUUUAUUUUGGUAAAUCUAAGGUAUUUUUUCUUCGUCAUAUCAUUCAUAAGUAUAUAGGCAAAUUUUGAGCAUGAUAUGUGCUUUUAUGAAGUUGUUUUAAUCCUAAACUGCCUCCCACCUCACUGUCUAGCAUAGUUUAAACAACACAUAAUUAUGAAAGAAAAAUUUUAUAGUUUUUCCUUUCUUGUUUUGCCCAUUUCUAAAUCCUAUAUGCCAAAGGUAAACAUAGUUUGGGGAUUAUCAAAUUUUUCUCUUGCUCUUUUCCAAGCCCUGUGUGUCAAAAGUAAGGAGAGUGUGUGGAUUAUCAACAUCUUCAGGUAUUGGUAUAUUAGUGCUAAUACAGGUCUAAUUAGAAUGGCUCUUUGCAAAUGUAUUAAUAUUUUAAAAGUACAACACUUCUGUAGUUUGGAAGGUUUUAGUAACUGUUCUGUCUUUUCACUAGUCUCUCAUCUGUGUCUACCAGGAGAAAAAAGAGAACUAAUGUGGAAACUACAGGGAACGAGGGGUUAGACUUAGGAAACUCUUCAACAGUAUUUUCAAUUCAUCCACUUUCUUACUUCAACAUGAGUUAUGGAAGCAUGUUGUCUUAGGUUUAUUGGCUGUUCAUAUAACUCAUAUUAUUUUCAAGUUGAGGUUUUUUUCAAUUUAUUAGUGUUUCCAUACUAUUUGCAAUUCUAUGGCCUUUAUGUGGCAUAUUAUGUAGUAGAAAUUCUGACUUAUACUUUAAAGUGUUUUGUUUAUUCAAUACAUUUUGAGAAGAAAGGUUAAAUAAUUCUGUUGGGUUGUUUCCAGUCCUUAUUUCAGUCUUUUUCUUUUUAAAUUCAAGUGUUUUGUGUGCUUAGAAAGCGGACAUAUGUAAUAGCGAGAUUGGUUAUUUCUGAGCUGGAAAUCGGAAACUUUGAGACUCAGGAAAUUGCUCUGACAAUGUUUUAACUGCUCUCAAUUUAAGAAAAUGACAAAAUGUAUAAAAAAGACACAAAAAUAAUGUGUGCUGUUUUUUCCAAGUGCUUUCCUAAGUGCUUUUCCAUUGUGCAAUGA